CUUCUCCGCCCUUAUCUCCAGUCACAGGAACGUGUUGGGCCGCACCCUUGAGGGUCACUGGCAACAUCGAUAGACAAGAAUUUCUAAGACCGCAUCUGUUUGCAUUUCCUUCGUGCUGCAUCUUUUCGCGGAAAAUAUUCAGUAAAUAAGCAUGGAGAGUCAACAGGUCAUCCUUUUUUUUCUCUUUUCAAUUUUGGAUUCCUUAUUGACUCAAGACCAUCACUGCGAACAGGGGACCAUCUGUCCUUCAGAGAAGCAAAUGGUCUUUACCGCUGCAACAGAAAUCCCUCGCAGUAUAAGGCCAGGCGUGACCAAAGUCGUCUUUUUGGACAGCAACCUCAAAACAAUCCCCAAAGGAGCCUUUGUGGAAAACCCCCACUUGGAAACGGUGGAUUUCAUGAACACAAACAUCUCCGCUAUUGAGCCAGGAGCUUUUGAAGGUCUGGUGAAUAUGAAGGACAUUGAGAUUUCCAACACGCCUCUGACGUCCAUGCCUGUAGGAGUCUUUGCAGGCCUUAGCAACAUGGAGAAAAUUGUUCUAAAGUCAAACAAGAUCCGUAAUCUUGAGCGAGGGUUGUUUGAUGGUCUUAAAAAGGUAAGAGAGCUCCAGUUACAUGGAAAUGAGAUUGCAGCCAUUGAAGAUGGGACUUUUGAUAGCCUUGAGAACCUCAUGGUCCUCCAUCUGGCUAAAAAUCGCCUCACUGCUGUAAAAACCGACUGGUUCUCCAAGCUAAGCAAACUGGCCACGUUGCGGCUUUACGAAAAUCAACUAACUGCUCUUCCAGAAGACAUUUUUCAUAAUUUACCAAAUUUAAAAGAGAUUUCUUUGAAAAGCAACAAAUUAACUGCAUUAUCAGCCAAUCAGUUUCCAUAUAAAGACAAACUCACAAAGAUUGCCUUGGAGGACAAUCUCUUUACAAAUUUUCCAGAAGAAUUUUUUGUCGGUUUCCCGAAUCUCAAAACAUUGACCGUGUUCAACAAUAAACUAUCAAGCCUUCCACCUGUGCUAUUUGGUGAACUGACCAAAAUGACGGAUUUAAGUUUUGCUCAAAACGAACUGAGCGACCUGCCAAAAGCAAUUCUCAGUCCUUUGAGUAAACUUUCCAAGCUCGAUCUAUCCAACAAUCACUUUGCUACUCUCUCGGCUGACUACUUUGAAGGACUCCAGAGACUCACCACUUUGAAUAUCCGAAACAACAAGAUCGACUCUUUGGGUUCAGAUGUUUUUGAAAAGAUUCCGACGCUGACCUCCCUGGACAUGUCGGGCAACAAUCUUGAAACACUCCCUCGGGAUAUUUUUGAACCUCUAACACAUCUCAGUAAAGUUGAUCUCCAUGACAACCCCUGGAAUUGUGACUGCAACCUUAUAUCCCUCCAUCAUUGGAUAAAAGCAAACUCUGCAAUCGUUCGUAAGCCAGUUGUCUGUCGGUAUCCAGAAGAUCUAAAAGAACAGGAGAUCAUGUCCUUGGUGGAGGAGCAAUUUGUAUGCCCUACUCUUGCGUUCACAACCACCACGUUGCCUACGACCGUUCUCACAAUUCUGCAACUAACCACUGCCCCCACAACAGCAAUGGCAACUACUACUUGCCCAACCACGUCUCCAUCAACUACACUUUCACCUACCACAACUACAGCUGAAGAAACGACGACUGACAUGAAAACAACAACGCAGAAAACAACACCAGCAACCGUCCCGACUACAUCAGUGCCGGCGGUCACAACAAGUGCACAAGUAACAACCGUACAGACAACCAUUGCGAUCACAACCGCGCCAGCUAGCACUGCGACGUCAACUCUACAAACAACUACAACCAUUUUAAUAACAACAGCUACACCUACUGUAACAUUGCCAGCAACCACGCCCACAACAAUGAUAACUACAACCACACCAGCUACCACUACACUAGCCAUCACAACUCUGCAAACAAGCACAAUGUCAAAAGCUUCACCCACGACCAUUUUGACAACAACAGCCAUUAUUACACCGGCAGCAACUACAGCCGCAACCACAUCACCCACAACCAUUUUGACAACACCCAUUAUUACAACGGCAGCAACCACAUCACCCAGCACCACAAUCGCAACGACCACAUGUACACCCACAACCCAGCUGACCACCACCCAAAAGACAACACCCCUCCCUAAAUCCACACCCCCGCUCGUUUUCACCUGUCCCAUACAACCCCAUCUCGAGAGCUCGCCCAGUUUGUUAUCAUACGAGGACACAAAAGCAGCAUGGAGGUGCAAAUCUCAGGCGCUCGUGUAUGUCACGCUUCUGCUGGUGGAGGUAACUUGCACAUUAGUGCUGGCUAAGUACAUCGUGUCUUUGUACCGCCUGCUGCUGGGCAGGGAGAGGAUGAAGCAUGAGGUCAAACUCACCCACUUCUCCUACAGGAAAGAAGUAAUUUUGAGGCCUUUGUAGGACUAUUUGAGAUAUUUCAAAUUGAUCAGAUCUCCUCAUUAGGUAUCAAAAUAAUUCAACUAUGGACACUUUUAUCAUCAUGCUGCCUUCGUCUUUGGGGACUGUGACUGCUGUGAAUUUGCUUGGCAAUUUGAUAAUGUAGAAUCAUAAACACUGACAGCAUUAUGUAUUGUUCAUACAUUUAAUAUAGUAAAUAUAAAGGCUACCAACCACACUUUUGCAUAAAUAUUGAUAGUGAAUUAAAAAUAGGCAAGACAUGCCCAGUCAUGAUUUAACCUGCUGAUGUGUUUUUGAAAAUGACCGUGGGUCGGCAUGACUAUUUCAAGAAAGAAAGGAAGCAGAGGAAAUCCUAUGAAGUGCACCACUUGGCUACUUACAGCAAGGGGAGCUAGAGAAUUAAUAUUUGUAACUUUACACUCCUAUAGUAUUUCUCACCAGCUAA